AUGAACCUCUACCCAGCAGAUUCCGGUGUUCAAACUCGCGAGAUUAUCCCUGCUGUGAUGAUUCGCCUCGACAAGGAUCAAGAAUGCUACGACUUUUUGAAACGGUGGGCGACACACGGCAACGUCUACGGAGAGCAAUCGUAUCAUGAUUCAGAGCCAUUCCUCAACAUCAAAGACGCCAAUCCUCUUGAGCCAGUCGAACCAUUUCUCAGGAAUAUGGAGGAACUCCCCCACAUCGUUUGCUUGACCCUCAUCAAGAUCAGGUUGUAUAUAAUAAUGAUGAACAAAGUCGGACCCGCCCUCGCGAAUGCCUCACCAAAAGACCGCGAAAUCGUUGAUGGUAUGUUGGUACUCAACAAGUCUUCCAUCGCUACAAACCCCAACAUUGCUAGUCUGGAAGGUCUCGCCCUUGCCGAUGCCUCCAUGACCGUCAUGUGUCAGAUUCAGACCUUGUACGAUGCAGUCAACGAUUACAACCCGCUCAUCUGGCCGGAGCUUCUCGAUCCCGAUGAGACGGUCGGUAAUGCGCCAAUGGGUAAAGGGCUUUCGCAGAGGGAGCAAGCGAACGCCGUUCAGCUGUGGACCUGGCUGGCGUGGGCCGAAACGUAUGGUGCGACCCAGUUCCUUCAUGGUCUUUUCACCAAGCAGGAUGCGUUCUUGUGCCCGGGAAUAUGGAAUUGA